GCGGGGCGGGGCAGGGCAGUUGGCUCGGCGGGCCGAGGGAGCGCAAAUGCUGCACGCCAGCGGGGCGGUCCUGUGCUAGGCGGGUGGUGGUGCUGGGCCAGUCCAGUCCUCUUCCCUGGGGAAAAGAAGGGAGGGAGAAAGCGGAGUAGAAGAAGGAGGCAGCUCGCCGUCCGCUUGUCCUGAUGCUGAGAAGCAAACUGGUUGCUCAUGCAGCCCAAAGGAGCAGUUGGGACAGUCUCUGACAUCUGGCCAGACUGGAGUAGUGAGUACUGAAGGUAUUUGUCUUCAUGAAGGAGAGGAACACAUGAGAAGAUCUGAUUAAGAACUGCAGUUUUCACUUCAAGAUGCCACAAAAGGAAAAUAUUCAUCUGCGAGACUCAUCUUUGGAAACUGUCUACAUUCUUUGCAUCAAAGAAAAACACUUUUUGAGAAAGAUGACUUGUGAAAUCUAUGAACAAAGCUGAAUGAAAGGAUACUGAAUGAAAGCCAACGUGCCUUACAAUGGACACUUACCUUGAAGUGGUGACACUGCUCUCAAACUAAACCACAGGCACUGUAAACCCACAGAUCCUGACCGUGCAUAGGGAUUAUAGAAACUAUCAGAAUGUUUGUUAGUCCCAGAAGAGUCAGAAAACGCCAUUUUUUGCAGAUAUGUGCCACUUGCUUCAUACUGUCUCUCAUGUUUUUUUGGGAAUCGUUUGAUAAUCACAUUAUGAGCCACAUGAAGUCCUAUUCCUACAGAUACCUCAUAAAUAGCUACCAUUUUGUGAAUGACAGUCUCUCUAUCAACAGAGAUAACUUGGACAGAAUAUCAAGCUACCAGUACUUGAUCAACCACAGAGAGAAAUGUCAGCGGCAGGAUGUCCUUCUCCUGCUGUUUGUGAAGACUUCUCCUGAGAACCGUCAUCGGAGGGAUGCAAUUAGACAAACCUGGGGUAAUGAGCAGUAUGUUCGUUCUCAACUCAAUGCCAACAUCAAAACUCUCUUUGCUUUAGGACGACCGACAGACCAUCUGCAGCAAACACAGCUGCAAAGAGAACUUCAGCUGGAAGACCAGAAAUACAGUGACUUGAUUCAGCAAGACUUCUUGGAUACUUUUCACAAUCUUACUCUGAAAUUGCUUCUGCAGUUUAGCUGGGUGAAUGCCUACUGUCCUCAUGCCAGGUUCAUUAUGUCUGCAGAUGAUGAUAUAUUUAUCCAUAUGCCCAAUCUCAUCGCUUAUCUUCAAAGUUUAGCACAAAUGGGUGUUCAAGAUCUCUGGAUUGGUCGUGUCCAUCGUGGAUCCCCUCCAGUAAGAGACAAGAGUAGCAAAUACUACGUUCCAUAUGAAAUGUACCAGUGGCCCUCUUACCCUGACUACACAGCAGGAGCUGCAUAUGUCAUAUCAAAUGAUGUAGCAGCCAAAGUUUAUGAGGCGUCGCUGACUCUCAAUACAAGUCUUUAUAUAGAUGACGUUUUCAUGGGUCUCUGUGCCAAUAAAAUGGGAAUUGUACCACAAUCUCAUGUAUUUUUUUCUGGAGAAGGAAAGGCUCCAUAUCAUCCCUGCAUUUAUAACAAAAUGAUGACAUCUCAUGGACACGUAGAUGAUCUUCAUCAGCUCUGGAAACAGGCUACAGAUCCCAAAGUUAAAAAGUUUUCUUCAGGGAUUUGGGGCAGAAUGUACUGCAAACUAGUCAACAUUGUGCUUCUCUGUAAACUGUACUAUGUGGACACAUACCCUUGUUCAGCUGCAUUUUCUUAAUACUUGAAUAUCUGCAUUGAAGAUCCACUGAGCCAAAACAGAGCAACAACGUUCUAGCUGUUUAUUCAAAGUUAUAUGGAAACGUGGAAAGAGGCAAAGCUGAAAUGUGAAUAGUUGGGGGGUGGGAUGAGGAAAGCUGGUCCCAAAUACUGUUCAGAAAUUCUUACUGGAAUAGCUCUCCUGUUGUAUUCUGAGUUUUUAUAUUGUAGCUUUGAUUUUUAUAUAUAUACUCUUCAAGGAAAGCAAUUCUGGAUGAAAUUAACUAUAAUGGACUUGACUUCUAGAAUUUGAAAUACCGUUACUUUGAACUUGUCCCUAAGUCUAAGUUUUGGCUGGUUUGUUUUUCUAAAGCUGUGUGAACUGAGGCACAUGAUAUAAAAAGAAAAUGCUGUAUCAAAAUGGAGUAGACCUUUGAAAACAUAAGAAAAAUGCAACUUCUGACUUCAUGAAUGAGACUAUGGCAAUGUAAAUUGGUUACAAACAUUCACUAUUUCUCAGUGCUUCAUAGAAAGUAAGUCUGGACCUCCACAGCUGACAAAAAGCAAGUGCUAGAAGUGAUGACCUGCUACAAUCUUCUCAAAGCUCCCUAAAUCUUUAAGGAGGGAAGCAGUAUUUGAGUGCCUUCUGACUUGGUUGUUCUAGGUAACAAGAGGGCUCUCUUUAGAUCUGGACUGAACUUGAAAGGAUGAAAAUCAAAUAUUACUCGUGACUGGUUUUGCUAAUCUUUCUCUGCCUUCUGAAACCCAAGCAGUGUAUUUAAACAGUCCGAUCUUUAAUAAGCACAUAAGCUAAACCAGUUUUCUUUUAACAGUGCUUCUGCUUUCCAAUAUUCAUGGUUCUACAGAUGAAAAGCAAGGAAAGGUUCCCAAGAAUGUUACCUAUAGCUGUUUGAAGCUGUUAAAGACUUGAAAAAGCAAAAUGUUGUGCUUGUACUAACAAAGAGAGGGUAUUUUCUGCACAAAGGUUGACUUCACAUUGAAGGGACAGGAGAUGUUGAUCCACAGAAACUCAGCACACAAAUCAAAAUCACUAAAGUAUUUCUCCCAAAGUCUUAAGCACAAGUUGGUUGGUUGUGUUUUUUUAAUAAGUUCAGGUUACUUUGUGUUUACAAAUUCCUGCCUUGAAUAUAGUGAAAUGUUCAUAUCACCUACAGGAGGAAAUCACCUGUGUGGUGUAAAUCAGGAUAGAACUAAGUGAUGCUCAAACUUCAGCUGUUCUGAGUUUGUGCUAUGGUACCAUGUAAGUAUCACAGAACCAAAGUGUUAGGCUGUCUGCAGUCUUUGUGUGUAGCUCACUUACGGUGUUUCCAUAGACUCAGGACAGGUAUUUUAGUUGUCAUUUGCCAAACCUGUGACAGCCCUUCCUGGAGUGGACACAGCUCACACAAGUUACAGUCAGAUGCUGCUUGUGAACUGAAGUGAUGCUUGAACAAGUUCUAGGUCUGUCACUGUGUGGAGCAGUGAGGUGCUUGAUUUGUCUACUAAAUUUACUGUAGAACAACUUUACAGGAUGUAGCAGUUUUAAGAUGCAAAUACAGAACUUUGUUUAAACAAUUGCUACUGCUCCUUGGAGCUGUGCUGCAGAUUUUAAUAGCAUAUGUUAGCAUAGACAGAAUGUGGGAGCGAGCUUGCUGACUGUUCUCUAAACUGCCAUUUCAGGGGGAUGGUAGGCAGCUACUGGAAUUAAGUGAAACAUGUCCUGGUUUAUAAUUGGUUUUCCAGAAGGAAAAGGAUAAGAACUGGGCCUAAAUGUUGGGUAUAUAAAGAGCCCACAAAUAAUUUAUCAGCACCAGAAAGGAUUAAAGAAUGUAAGUGCUAUACUUGAAGGACAAAUUCAGUUCCACUUCUUGCCUGAACAUAGUGAUUACCAUUCUAAGGAUGUUCUCUUCUAAAAGAAACUAGACAGCCCUUUAUCUGUAUUAGCUGUUGGCUUACAGAGAAAUAAAUGCACAUACAGAGAAAGUAGUAUUCCGAAGGAAAGCUGCUUCAUCAGGUCUCUGACCUGUUGUGAGCCAUUUAAAUUGACAAGCUGCACAGCAAAACUGCACUGCUAGAACAAGCCACCCUGUUCACUGUAGGGAAAGAGGGUCUUUCUGUGUAGUGUGCAACCAAACUGUACUAUUAAGGCUACAGUUUUUUCCAGCAAAACUAUGCAUUGGGAUUUGUUUUCACCGAUCAAACAAAGGUAAAGCAAGUUUUAAGUAGAUUAAACUUGUAUAGGGUAAUCACCUUGCUAACAUUGAAAACAUGGCUUAAAUGUAGUUUGCCAUUAUCUGGAGGUCACCAUUGAACUGCUUUUACAGGUGGUUUGAGUUUUGUUUGGAUUGUUUCUUAAAAGGGCCUUCAUGUUUGUAGUAUGGAUUUCUUUUGCUGCAGUGAAAUGAAGUUGCUUGUUGAAUAAAAAGGAAAGCAUGAAGGCACUCCUCUGGGAAAAAAUGGAGAUGCUAGAAAACUUAUUUCCUGGUUCUAAACAAUGACUUAAGAUUUGUACACCUUUAUCUGGAACCUUUUUUAAGAAUAGUCUUGGUGCUCCAAUGCAGGGCUGUCAGGAUUUACUUCUACAAAUAAACCCCUCAGCCUGAAUGGUCACUCCUCAUUAAGAGUUUGACGUUGCACAACGUAUUUAAUGCUAAAAUUGUUUUUACCUGUUUGUUUGGUUUGCAUCAGUUUCCCUUUGAUAUUACUGAUUUUUAUACAAAGUAUUCAGUAUUUAUUCUUAAACUUUGCUCUGUACCACAAAAAGACAAUUGUUUUGUAAAAUUUGUUUUGAAUAAAUGGUUUUUCUUAAAAGAAAUAA